AUGGAGCCUGUGGCAGUCCACGUGCUUCUGCCCUCUGGGGAGACGGUGGCUCAGCUCAUGGUCAACCCGGAGAAGCCCAUGCUUCAGAUGAAGACCCAGAUCGCCGGCAUGGAAGGCACGCCAGUCGCGAACCAGGUCCUGCUUUUUGAUGGGAAGCUGGUAGACGACGUCGACACGCUCCGCAGCUUGAACAUCAGCAAGGUAGCCGAGUUCCUGCUCCUGCAGCGAGCGCCCUUGCUCUCUGGUGCCAUAAAUCGUGAAGAGCUGGAGCACCUUUUGAAGGACAGCCUUGCGCUGGAGCAAGCCAUCGUCGCUUAUAGCGACACCUUGCAAUACUUGCCUUCUGAGAUUGCGGCGAUUUGCAAGCAAGUCGUGGAAGGUCUGGCCGCCAGUGGAUCGGCGCCUGAGCGGGGAGCCGUUGAUGCUGCGGAGUGGCAGGACAUUGCGGCCCAGAGCGGCAAAGCUCGCCACGUCGCCUUCUCCCGCGCCCUGCGGACGGAGCUGGAGAGAAUCCACACCCCGCUGCCCCCGCUGCCCCCGCUGCAGCCGCUGCAGCCGCUGCCGCUGCCCCUGCGGGCACUGCGGCGUCAGAUUCCGUGCCCGGGCCACGAAGCGCGAGCUGCUACACACAGCCACUGA